AUGCCACCCAAGUUAGAGACGCCAGUCAAUGGCGACGCGACGCCUAAUCAGCAAAGUGCGGCAGGAUCUGAACAAACCUCCACUGGCACCACGCAACCUCCGAACAACGAUGCACCUACACCUACGCCGUCAGCCUCUGGUAGCACACCCGCUCCUCGACCUGCUUCACAGUCGCGACCCUCACCUGCAGCGCGUGGAAGAGGUGGUGUGGUACCCAAACCAAAGUUCGUAGGACGAAGAUCACAAACGCAGCGUCAAGAGCUCGAACAAGCGGCAGCGAAGCAGAAAGCGGCAGAGGCAGCCGCUGCCGCUGAAGAGGCCAAGAGAAGCGCACGGGAGGCAAAGCGCUUUGGCUAUGGCAGAGGCGGUGGUGAUCGAGGUCGUGGUGGGAGAGGGAGAGGGCGGGGCAGAGGAGGACACAUGGCUGACUCGAAUCGUCAGAGGGAAGAAGCUGUGCCCAGUGGGCCUUUUAGUGCCGGGCAGGCUGCGCAUGAUGCUUCUUCUCGACGAUGGGGUCCCUCUGGAGGCGGAGGCGGUGGUGGUGGAUUCAGUGCAGGAGGCGGAGGAUCUGGGUCUGGCGGUGACUCGAGGUACAGCGGCGGAGGACGAUCAUCUGGCAUGGGAGGAGGGUCGGGCAUCAAGGCUGAGCCUGGCAUGAAUUCGAGUAUGGGCGGCAUGCACAUCAAGGCAGAAGAUGGAGGCUACAUCUCCAGUGACGAUGAAGAGACGAAGAAUCAAGGACCAAAAGCGAAUAUUGAUCAAAUGACGGUCAUCGAUCUCGAAGGAGGGGAAACUAAUUACGACGCUAUGGCACCAGUCCGUCUGUCUCGAGUGCCGCACAGGGAUCGAAUGGUGGGAUUGAGCGCUGAAGAUGAAGGACUCUUCGACAGUAGUGAUCAAGCCGACGGCGCGGACGACAAGAAAAAAGGCAAGCAGAGAGCCAAGGACGUUGUGGUUACUGGUUCUACUCAGAGGUCAAAGAGACCAACGGCGUACAGCUCAUCGGACACAGACGGCGAGAUACAGAUCAAGGAGGAACCAACAGACAAUGAUCAGACCAGGCCUGCCACACCAGAACCAGUACUUGCUACAGACCCGGUACUGCAGCAAAGCCCGGUAUCCUCGCCUGAGAGCAGGAGCAAGGCCAAGGAGAAGGUGAAGGCGACUGUCGAUGCUGCUCAUCAAGAUGAUGAGGACUUCGUCUUCGCUAGCCCGCCACGAUUCCAGACACAGGCUGAGAAAGACGAAUGGGAACGAUUGCAACACGAUAUGAGGGAGCUCCGCAAAGAGCUUGGUGCCCUCGUACCACCUUCAGCACUAGUACCUCCCGAUGCUGACGGCGACACUGCGAUGCCAGAGACCACUCCGGCCAUUGAGAGAAUGAAGCAGACGCAGACGGAGAGGGAACUCCACGUCUACGUCUUCCAGUUCCCGCCCGUACUACCCAGUCUCAAGCCGGUGCUCGUCAAGCCAGACCCGGAAACAAUGACAGAUGCGCAAGCAGGCGAGGAAGCUAUGGAUGUCGACAAGGAGCCGAUUGAAAUCAAGGAUAAAGGCAUCGCAUACAAGCAACCGACACUCCCAUCAGGCUCAGUCGGUAAGCUCCGCAUCCACAAAUCCGGUAAGGCAACGUUAGACUGGGGCGGCACACCCUUCGUCGUAGCCAAAGGCGCAGAUGCUACCUUCCUGCAGAACGUGAUGAUCGGAGAACUUCCCGACGUGAAGCCACCAGCGCCAGCCAAAGAUGCCAAAGACAAAGAUGCUCCUCCUGUUCCUGUCGAUACCAGCAACAUGAGCGCGAGAGGCUUGGGCAUGGGCCAGAUCAGAGGGAAGUUCGUAGUGACACCUGACUGGGAUGAGAUCUUGAGAUGA